UGCACGCGUGAGCCCUGCACAUGCCUGUAGACACAUGUGUGUGCUAUGUAUGCGCGAGGACAGCCGGUCCCUGACUUGGGGCUCCGGAAAGCGGAGAAGUUUCAGUCCCCCCUAUUGUCUGUCCCAGGGAGAGGCCACUCCUGCGGAGACUCCCGGCUGGGGGACCCGAGCCAGCUCUCGUGGCCUCAUGCAUUAUUGAUAAUAAUGGCUGUGUCUCUUUAACUGGGAUUGGUUUACGACACCAUGUGUGCGUGUGUGAGUGUGUGUGCGUGCGAGGGAGCGAGGGAGUGAGUGUGUGUGUGAGUGUGUGUGUGUGUAUGUGUGUGUGUGUGAGUGUGUGUGUGUGAGUGUGUGUGUGGUUGGGGGGAAUAGAGACAGCUUGCAUCUCUCAUCCUGUGCUCUCUGGAUCCCAGCUUGCUGUUUGCUGGGGAGGAGAGGGAGGAAACACAUUUUGCUCCCUGCAAAACGGCUUUAUUUAUUUUUGGGACGAACCUCCAGCCUUUCCCCCAGGGUGGGGAGAGCUCAAAACAGCAAAUUCUGAUCCGAACCCGGGAGCUCAGCUGCUGCCUCAGAAGCAAGAGAGGAGGGAAAAUCGGCCUUCUUCGGGCAGAGACUGACCCCAGGACUGCCAGAGACGAGGGGGUUCGUCUGCCCGUGUCCUUCUCCUCCUCCUCCUCCCGCCUCCCCACCCCUCACCCCCCACGGUAUUUUUCUCCUUCUCGCUUUCAUGCUCAUCUCCACAUGAAGGGAAGACUCCCUGCGGACAGCAUGGCAUGAGCCCGGAGCCGGCGCGUGAGAGUGAGCGUGGAAGAUGUCGAACCAGAGCGACGGCAACACCAAGCCCCCAUGCUUGCCCCGCAAUGGCCUGGUAAAGCUCGCCAGCCAGCCCAACGGCCUCAGCUCUGCCAGCAUCACCAAAGGGACCCCGGCUGUGAAGAACCGCCUCUGCCAGCUGCCCCCUGUGCCUGCCCUCACCAGCCCGGCCUUCCCAGUGCCCCCUGAACGACCCCUGCCCAGCCUGGCGUCCCCCCUCUCCUUAGCUGCCUUGGCAGGGGGGCCGUGCCCCUCCUCCGAGCCCCUUGCAGCUGGACUGUCCUCUGGUGAGAACCCGGGCCAGGCUCCCGCAUCCCCCACAGAGAGGCAGCCCUUGGCGGUGGAUGAGAAGAUCCUCAAUGGCCUCUUCUGCUACUUCUCGGCCUGUGAGAAGUGUGUGCUGGCCCAGGUGUGCAAAGCCUGGCGGAGGGUGCUCUACCAGCCCAAGUUCUGGGUGGGCCUCACCCCGGUCCUGCACGCCAAGGAGCUGUACAACGUGCUUCCUGGCGGGGAGAAGGAGUUUGUGAACUUGCAGGGCUUCGCCACGCGGGGCUUUGAUGGCUUCUGCCUGGUGGGCGUCUCGGACCUGGACAUUUGUGAAUUCAUUGACAACUACUCCCUGUCAAAGAAAGGUGUCAAGUCCAUGAGCCUCAAGCGGUCUACUAUCACCGACGCCGGCCUGGAGGUCAUGCUGGAGCAGAUGCAAGGCGUGGUUCGCCUGGAGCUGUCCGGCUGCAACGACUUCACCGAGGCCGGGCUGUGGUCCAGCCUCAACGCCCGCAUCACGUCGCUGAGCGUCAGCGACUGCAUCAAUGUGGCCGACGACGCCAUCGCCGCCAUCUCGCAGCUGCUGCCCAACCUGGCCGAGCUGAGCCUGCAAGCGUACCACGUGACGGACACGGCCCUGGCCUACUUCACGGCCAAGCAGGGCUACACCACCCACACCCUGCGGCUGCACUCGUGCUGGGAGAUCACCAACCACGGCGUGGUCAACAUGGUGCACAGCCUGCCCAACCUCACCGCCCUCAGCCUCUCGGGCUGCUCCAAGGUCACCGACGAUGGCGUGGAGCUCGUGGCCGAGAACCUGCGCAAGCUGCGCAGCCUCGACCUCUCCUGGUGCCCGCGCAUCACCGACAUGGCGCUCGAGUAUAUCGCCUGCGACCUGCACAAACUCGAGGAGCUGGUGCUCGACAGGUGUGUCCGAAUCACAGACACUGGGCUCAGCUACCUGUCCACCAUGUCUUCACUCCGAAGCCUCUACCUACGAUGGUGCUGUCAGGUGCAGGACUUUGGGCUGAAACACCUCUUGGCCAUGAGGAGUUUGCGCCUCCUCUCUCUUGCAGGCUGUCCCCUGCUGACCACCACGGGGCUCUCUGGCCUGGUGCAGUUGCAGGAACUGGAAGAACUGGAACUGACCAACUGCCCUGGAGCCACCCCUGAGCUCUUCAAGUAUUUCUCCCAGCACCUCCCCCGAUGUCUGGUCAUAGAGUAGGGGCCCGGUCGGGUUCAGCCCCAUCCACCUUGGGACUUGACCCUUCUUGCCCCACUCAGCUUCCUCCCUUCUCCAUUCAGUUUCAUUUUCCCAUAGGGACCUGGGUCAUACUCCACAUAGGACCUAGGAGGCCUAGGAACCCAGCCUAGCUUUCCCCCCACUCCACCACUGCUCUGCCCUCACCAUCCUCUGCGUCAACUUGCCAACUAACUCAAGCCAGGAAUAACUAAGGGGGGAAAGAGGAGGGCAGCUGGCUUCCCUGUUUGGGCCAGUAGCUGGAGGGAGCGAUGGGGAGCUAAGGAGAUUGGCUCUUCCUCUCGGCUAGGCUUGGAAGGAUGGGCAGCGCUGGGGCCCUGCUUCCCACACUCACACACCGCUGCUCAGAUGCUCAGGAGCAACUUGAUUAUCCCCUUACUGCUGCCUUCCUGCCCCUAAUGCUCUCAACUACUUCUGCCCUUCCCUCCCUGGGGUAGGACAGAGGCAGCUUUAGGUGGUGGGACAGCAUUUACCCCGGGUGGUCCCAAAGAAUCCUGGGACCCCCAUUUCGGGGCAAGAAGGAGAAGAUUCCUGCUUUUGAACCUACACACACGUUUGCACACAGAUGCACACACACACACACACACACACAAUCUCGACUCAGACUUAUCCAGAACCAAAUUCUGGCAAAAGUCUCGAGGCUCAUACCCAGGGCCCCUUUCAACUGCUCUCCCACUUUAAAUUCUCCCCUAGAACACACACACACACACACACACACACACACACACACGACACCAUAUACCCUGAAGCCUCAGGCCUUCCAGCUAAACCAAUGGGUGCUGGGCAUGGUACCAUUUGUCAUGGAGGGCUACUGGACAGAGCCUAUCCCCAGGACCUCUCAUGGGUUGAUAAGUGGCAGAAAGUGGGGAUGGAUUAAGACAGAGGCUCUGAAAGAGCAGGGAAGCAUAAUGCCCUGGGGAAAGUGGGGUGAGAGAAAUGACCCCACUUUCUCUGUCCUCAUGGUCUGGAAUGCUGUUUCCCAAGUGGUAGGCUCAUCCUGUCCUUCAGGGAGAAGGAACCCCUCCCCUUCCUCGACUAUGAGCACAUACACAUACAUGGGUACACAUGUGCAUGCCCCUCUGUGCCCUGCUCUGCACGCCUGCCCACAAUCAUGUUCACCCAUGCACAAAUCCUAUCCCACCCACCCCAGCUCAGGCAGCUCUAUCCCAUUUCCCCCAAGACCUCUGGCCAGAGCGGCCCCUUUGGAUCCCAGUCCUGGGUGGAGGUUAAGUGGAAAUAGACCCUUAAUGAAGGCUAGUUUUGUUUCAAAAGGUACUGAAGAGAAUCUUUAAUCUAGGUCACUGUUCCCCAGGACAAGAGUUAAGGCCCGGAGUGUUCACGGCAAAGCCCACAUCUCUCGUUUCUCCCCAUCUUUUUCCCUCUAGCUUCCUGCCUCCUUUCGUCCCCCUCCUCUUCCUUGUUCUCAGAUUCAGCUGUUUGCUCUAGCUCCCUUGUGCCCCAUUGGGCCCAUUUUCCAAAGUAAGGCCACCGGCUAGCCAUGUCCAGCAUGCAUCGCUGGGGGCAGAGGAGGGACUCUCUUAGGCUUUGCUUUUGAACAGAAGCAUUUCCUUUUUCUGUUCCCAUCCCUCCAGUAUCUUCCCCAAAUCUUCAGUUUGGGGAGAGGUGUUGGUUUCCCCUCAUGGGGAAAUUGAGGUAUGUAGUUCCAGCAGGCAAUCUGAAUGAUCCUGUGAGCACAGAAUGAAGCUGAGGGUCUCACUUUUACUCCCACUCCAGAUGGUUCUGCUGUUUCCUAACCACUGUGAGGUCUGGGAUAUGUCAAGGAUGUGGUAGGGAAAAUGUCCAAGGUCUCCCCUUCAGCUCCUGAUUCCCUAUCCUCCUUGUUUCAGGGAGUUCCUAUUGACUUAGGCCAAAUUCUCCCUCCCUCACCCUGGGUACAGCAUUUAGAACCAUGGCCUGAGGCAGGCCUGCAAGACCAUACUCUGCCAUUGGAAUCUUCUUCCUUAUGGUUGGGGUCCAGGGGAAAGGGAAGAAGGAGAAAGACUCCUAUAAUAGGAUUGCUAGAGGAGACCUGGAAGUGCAGGAUGUAGGUAAGGAAUGAGCCGAACAGGGGGCCUAUUCCUGGGGUUGGGUACAGUGUUUCCAGGGUUCAGAUUUCUGUCUAGAUUGGGCUCUCUCUUCCUGGUCUCAACCCACUCCAUUGUUGAUAUGGCUCCUUCCCUGCAUCUCCCAGAAGGGAAAUGGGACUGGGGCCUGGGGCCUAGAGCUAAACCUCUCCCUUCCACCUACUCCCCCUCCUUUAGGAAAAAGCUUCCAGGGUUCCCCAAAUACACUCUGGUUGCUGGAAUAAGCUCUCUCUGUCCACAAGCUUCCAAAAUCCCUCAUUGCUCUGAGGGCCAAUGGCACAGCGGUGGGUUUUUUCAGCACUGAAACCCAAUCGAUGUCUUUAUGCUUUGGGGUUUGGGAACCAUUUAUACCCUGUCCUGCCUAGGCUGGGACCCAACCCCAUAUGCCCCAAGGACAACUCCAACCAGCAACUCUGAUCUUCCACAGCAUCAUGGUGGGGGAGAGGACUUCUUUAUUGGCCACCCUGAUCCAACUUCUCCCCCCAUCCCCACUCCACCCACCUCCGAUGGUCUCUGAUGAUGGCCGCAUAAGAUCCUAAAGCAUUUGGAAGUCCGGGAUUCUGGAAUCGAAAGUUGGCACCAUCCUAGCAAGAGAGCUGAGGAGGGGAAGUUGGUUCCCCUCCCAUUCCAAACAGGAGAUCCCCAGGAGACACGGCUCCCCUCACCUCAUCCUGGGAGUGAAGAGAUCAUUCUGAUCGGAAGAGACAAAUCUAACCCUAAAGCGAAGAGACAAAUCUAACCCUAAAGCUUCACACAUUCUCCCCUUCCCCCCUUCCUCCCCACUCAGAGAGGAAAAGAGAGAGAAAGAGGGGGGAAAGAGAGAGAGAGAAUAGACAGAGAGAGAGAGAGAGGAGAGAGAGAGAGAAAGAGAGAGAGAGAGAGAGAAAGAGAGAGAGAGAGAGAAAGAGAGAUUGUUGAAGUGCAACAGAGAAAUGAUUUGACAGCCCAAAGAUUUUUCCUGUAUCCUGGGAGCCAGACCAUCUGGCCUGGGGCUCCGGGCUGACUUGGUUCUAAGCCAGUUUUCUCAUCCCCCCUUCUCUGUUUUGUACCCCCUGGGGUCAGGGAGGGGAAUGGGAGAAGUGUUCAUUGGUCCAAAGUAUUAAAGUAACUGAAGCUGUGAUAUUUCCAACUACUGUAGGAGGAAAAUAAAAGGGAGAUAGGAAAAAAAAAAAAAACCCAACCCUGAAAACCAUUUUCUUACUGUACAUAACAACCUCAUUCUCCUGUAUAUGCGGAAGAUAUAACCUUAUAUUUGGUAAGUGUUUCUUGUGCUAUUUUAUCACGUGAUCUGUUUAUAAAAAUAUAUAUUAAAAAAAAGUUGCAAAAA